AUGGAACAACAGUUAAAGUCUUUACAACCGCAAACGGCUUCUACAAAAGAGGAAAUUGCUAAGUCCAAUUCAGUGGAGCUUCACAACACAGAAUUCUGGGAUAUUGGUGAUGCUUCAUUUGUAUGUUCAUUCUGUGGUGCAUAUUUUUGGUAUGAAGAACGAUUGGGCAAACCGUCUAAAGCAAAGAAACCCAAAUUUUCAAAAUGUUGUAUGAAUGGGAAGAUCGAGAUUCCUAAGCUUUUUCGUCCUCCAGAGGUCUUACAUGAUUUAAUGUCCUCUAAACAAUUAAAAAGUGUUCACUUUAUGAAAAAUAUUCGCUCCUAUAAUUCAAUGUUUGCCUUUACUUCGUUGGGUGGUAAAAUCGAUAAUAGCUUGAACACCGGUCGUGCGCCUCCCAUUUUCCGUUUGCAUGGCCAGAAUUACCACUUGAUUGGCAGUUUGUUGCCGUUAGAUGGUUGCUCGCCAAAAUUUGCCCAAUUGGAAAAGGAUGUUGCGAAUAAUCUUCAUCGCGAAAUAAUAUCAGAUAUUCAAAAGAUGCUGGACGAAAAUAAUGCGUUAGUAAAAACUUUUCGAAUGGCCAAAGAAAAACUUCAUGACGAAAAUAAUAAGAAUGUACAUUUGAGGUUGCUUGGUAAAAGAGGUAGAGAUGGAAGAACUUAUAAUCUUCCUUCUGUGUCUGAGGUUGCUGUUCUUAUUGUGGGAGAUUUAGAUGAAGCUUUUGGUGAUAGAGACAUUAUAAUAGAAUAUAAGUCUGGGAAAUUGCAGCGUAUAAAUGAGCUCCAUCCUUCUUAUCUUCCACUUCAAUAUCCUCUUUUAUUCCCAUAUGGUGAGGAUGGUUAUACAGAUGACAUUCCAUUUGCGAAAUCUACUGGACAUGAUUCUACAAGUCGUAGGAGUCGAAUUAGUCCAAAAGAAUAUUUUGCAUAUCGGUUACAUGAACGAGUAGAUGAGUGUUCUACCAUUCUUUUCUCACGGCGAUUAUUCCUACAAUUUGUUGUUGAUGCAUAUACUAUGAUUGAGGCAGGCCGCUUAAGAUUUGUACGUACCCAACAAAAAAAAUUACGUGCUGAGAUAUACAAGGGUUUGGCUGACGCAGUUUUGAGAGGAGAGACAGAUGGCUCAAAACAUGGAAAACGCAUUAUUUUGCCUUCCAGUUUUGUUGGUGGCGCUAGAUAUAUGAUUCAGAACUAUCAAGAUGCUAUGUCUAUAUGUAGAUGGUUGGGGUACCCAAGUUUAUUUAUUACUUUUACUUGUAACCCAAAGUGGCCAGAAAUUGUCAGAUUCGUUGACCCCAAAGGAUUGCGUCCAACUGAUCGGCCUGAUAUUAUAUGUCGGGUUUUUAAAAUCAAAUUGGAUAAUUUUAUUAGGGAUCUUAAGAGUAAGAGACUCAAUGUGGAUGUAAAAGGAGUUGUUUAUACCAUUGAAUUUCAAAAGCGUGGAUUACCUCAUGCACAUAUUUUACUUUUCAUAGGCAAAGAGGAUAAACAACUUGAUUCUGGGCGUAUUGAUGAGAUCAUUUCUGCUGAAAUACCUGAUGCCCAAGAUGAUCCAUACUAUUAUGCGAAUGUCAGAGAAUUUAUGGUUCAUGGUCCUUGUGGUAUUGUUAGAAAAUCAUCUCCGUGUAUGGCUAACGGAAGAUGUACGAAAUACUUCCCUAAGAGGUAUAUUGCAGAAACCAAUUUUGAUGAUGAUGGUUAUCCUAUUUACAGGCGUAGAGAUAAUGGUCGUGUUAUUUUGAAGGAUGGGGUGCCUUUAGAUAAUCGAUUUGUAGUUCCACACAAUCGGUUUCUCCUUAUGAAGUAUGGAGGUCAUAUUAAUGUUGAAUGGUGCAAUCAAUCGCGAUCAAUCAAGUAUUUGUUUAAGUACAUAAACAAGGGUUAUGAUCGCGUGACAACAUCUUUUUUUGAAACUGGUUCUAAUGGUGUGGAAAACAUUGUGGAUGAGGUUAGUUUGUUUUAUGAUUGUAGAUACAUAUCGUCCUGUGAAGCCGCUUGGAGAAUAUUUGGAUAUGACAUUCAAUAUAAGGAUCCGGCUGUUGAAAGAUUGAGUUUUCAUCUACCAGAUGAACACUAUGUGGUUUUUGAAGAUUCUGAGCCAUUGGAACGUGUCGUGAAUCGCAAUUCAGUUCGUGAAAGCCAAUUUUUAGCUUGGAUGGAAGUUCGUGGUGCUACAUCUUAUGAAGAUAUUAAGUGUGUUAAUGGUAUUCAAUAUGCUACAUUUCGAGAUGCUUGCUAUGCAUUGGGGUUGUUGGACGAUGAUAAAGAAUACAUUGAUGGCAUUACCGAGGCUUCUUUUUGGGCUUCAGCUCAUUCAAUACGAUUGUUGUUUGUAAGUUUGUUACUAUCAGAAACCAUUGCACGGCCAGAUAUUGUGUGGACAAGCUGUUGGAAAUAUUUAUGCGAAGAUGUUGUCCAUAAACAACGCAAAAUCUUACAUCAUCCAGAUUUGUUGUUGGGGGACGAUGAGAUUCAAAAUUUGGGAUUGCUUGAGAUUGAGAAAUUGUUAGUUAACGGUGGAAGAACUUUGCAUGAAUUCCAUUCGAUGCCAUAUCCAAGGACACAAUCGUUGGCAAGUUCUAUUAAUAGAUUGAUUACUGAUGAGCUAUGUUAUGACCGGGAAGCCUUGGCAAGAGAGCAUGUAAUCUUUGUCUCGAAGUUCACUGAUGAACAACACCAAGUGUAUGAUACGAUAAUGUCUGCUGUCAAUUCUAAUCACGGUGGACUAUUUUUUGUUUAUGGGUAUGGAGGUACGGGAAAAACUUUCAUUUGGAAGACAUUGUCAGCGGCUAUUCGUUCAAAAGGUGAUAUUGUUUUGAACGUGGCUUCCAGUGGUAUUGCUUCGCUAUUGUUACCUGGUGGGAGAACAGCUCAUUCUCGGUUUAAGAUUCCUAUCAAUCCUAAUGAAGAUUCAAUCUGCAAUAUAAAACAAGGUAGUGCAUUAGCUGAGUUGAUUGUGAGAGCAAAACUUAUUAUAUGGGACGAAGCUCCUAUGGUUCACAAACACUGUGUGGAAGCUGUUGAUCGGAGUUUGCGUGACAUUAUGAGCGCAUGCAAUGAGUUGAGCAUGGAGAUGCCAUUUGGUGGGAAAACUGUUGUUUUGGGGGGUGAUUUUAGACAGAUUUUACCAGUUGUGCCUAAAGGUAGCCGACAAGAUAUUGUGAACGCUACUAUUAACUCAUCAUAUCUUUGGAGUAGUUGCAAAGUUUUGAGGUUGACUAAAAAUAUGCGAGUUCUUGGUAUUAAAUCUGGCGAGGAAGCAUCGAAAUUGAAGGCAUUUUCUGAGUGGAUAGCAUCUAUUGGAGAUGGAGUUAUUGGUGGUCCAAAUGAUGGUGAAGUCAGUGUCGAUCUUCCUACUGAUAUUGUAUUGCCCGAUAGUGGAGAUCCUCUACAGAACGGCCGUGUUUAUUUGAGCUCGGAUAGCAUAGCUAAGUCUGAUCAAAGUUCUAAUGGUUUCGCGGAGAUACAUUCGGUAGAAUUUUUGAAUAAUCUUAAGUGCUCUGGUACACCAAAUCAUGAGUUGCUGUUGAAGGUUGGUACGCCUGUUAUGCUAUUAAGAAACAUAGAUCAUGCUAACGGAUUGUGUAAUGGGACACGACUGAUCAUUACGCGUUUAGGUGAUCAUGUUUUAGAAGCUAAAGUCUUGAGUGCUAAUAAUCAAGGCCACAAGGUGUUGAUUCCUCGGAUGUCAUUAACACCUUCUGAUCCUAGGUUGCCUUUCAAGUUUCAACGUCGACAAUUUCCUUUGUCAGUUUCGUAUGCUAUGACAAUUAACAAGAGCCAAGGUCAGUCUCUUGCGCAUGUGGGAUUAUUUUUAAAAAGACCUGUCUUUAGCCACGGCCAAUUGUAUGUUGCUGUGUCUAGAGUCACGAGUCGUGAGGGAUUGAAAAUUUUGGUUUGUAAUGAUGAAGUAUCUGGGUCUAUGUAUUCUACUGUUAAUGUUGUUUACAAGGAAGUUUUCCAAAACUUAUGA